CGGGAGGUGGCGGCCAUGGCGAGCUGGGCCCGGGGCCCAGGCCCGGGGGGCGCCGCCGCCGCCGCCGCCGCCGCCGCGGACACGGACACGGACACGCUCCUGGACGGCGAGAACCAGCGCCUGACUGACGGGCUGGCGGCCAAGGUCACGCGCCUCAAGGCCCUGGCCUUGGACAUGGACCGGGACGCAGAGGAGCAGAACCGCUACCUGGACGGCAUGGACUCGGACUUCUCGAGCGUGAGCAGCCUGCUGACCGGGAGCGUGAAGCGAUUCUCCAGCAUGACCCGCUCGGGCCGGGACAACCGGCGGCUGCUCCUCUGCGUGUCCGUGGGACUUAUCAUCCUGUUCUUCUUCCUUUCCUACCUGGUGUCGAAAGCACGGACAUGAGUGGGUCCCGCUCCCGGUGACUCCCGGGCUGCUACCUGGUGGAGGGAUGACCGCGUGCAGCAGGGAGGCCCCGUUCCCAGAUAGUAUUUUUGUAUCAGCUUCGUUUCUGAGUGUCUCUCCCUUCCCUCGUUGUCGAGAAUAAAAAAGGGAUAAGCCGGUCAAAACCAGCCAGCC